AUGGGUGUUGCUGUUCCUGCUCAAACAGCAGAAGCCGAGGAGCCAAAGGACAGCCCCGUUCCCAGCCAGCCCAGUGAGGCAGAUGAGCAGUGCCACACGGUGCAUGGCCACACUGGUGACAUCUGUCUCACAGAGAUCGUCUUCUUCAAUGGGAAAAGCCACGUUUGGGGGACAGCAGAGUUUCUAUGGUUUCAGGGUUUCUGUGAUUUCUACGAUUUCUAUGGUCUCUGUUUGUCACCCCUGCAGCUGUGUAAGGAGAGGGAGAAGCAGCAGAGGUGUCACAAUGAGCGCAUUUUCCCCUGCCGUGGAGGGAGCCAGCCCGGUGGGAAGGCAUCCAAGGGGAGCUGGCAUGAGGAGAAUCACUCCAACUGGACCCACUGUGACCACAGCCACUGGAGCACAGUCCCUGUCACGCUGCUGCUGAGCAUGUGUGGAAUGGUGGGGAACAGGGCUGUGCUCUGGCCCUUCAGAUUCCGCAGCUACAGGAACCCCAUCACCAUCUGUGUGCUCACCCUGGCCAUGGCCGACUUCACCUUCCUGCUCUCCAUCACCAUCACCCUGGGGGUAUUUCUGUCCCUGAGAGCUUCUGCCACCAGCUGGGCCCAUGACAGGGCAGUGACAUCUGGGCUGAAUGUCACCAUCCUCUUGGCUUUCCCUGCUGGUAUCUACUCUCUGGCAGCCUUCAGUGCUGUGACAGAUCUGUUUGUCCUCCAGUGUCCUGCUGGCCCAGCUACCACUCCCAGCUCCUUCCCAGUGCUCCUGUGUGCCCUGCUCUGGCUCCUCUCCUUCCUGCUCACUGUCACCCUCUGUUUCCACCCUUCAGUGCUUAUGGCCUUGGUCCUGAGCUACCUCUUCUCAGUGCUCACCCUGACCUGUUCUGGUCUCUCCCUGCUGCCCAGGCUCCUGUCCUGCUCAUGGAAAUAGCCCCCAUGGGAGCUCUGUGCCCUGCUCCUGCUGCCUGAUGUGUCCUUGCCCAUUUACACCACUCAUUUUGGGUACUGGAUCUUGUUGAGAGUGUUUGACUUCUCUGUCUUUCCCCUCAGCACCUCUCUCCCACUCUCCUGUGCCAGCAGCAGUGCCCACCCUCUGAUUUACUUCCUGGCUGGGAGCUGUGCAGAGGAAUUCACCCUCUCCGGUAGUGUUGCCUUCCAGAGGAGUUUUGAGGAUGUGCCAGGGUCAGGGAAUAGGGACAACACUGUGGAAUCAUCAUCAAGUCGAAUCAUCAUUAAAUUGUGUCAUCAUAAAAUAAAACAAUAAAAUAUCCAGAGUUGGAAGGAACCCACAAAGAUCAUGGAGUUCAGCUCCUGACCCUGCACAGGAUAUCUCAACAAUCUCAUCCUUUGCCUGAGAGAAGUCUCCAAAACUCCUUGAGCUCUGUGAGGCUGGUGCUCUGUGCAGCAGGAGAACUCCUGCCUGGGGUGGAUGCUGAAUGACAUGAGGAAUCAUCAUGGAUUGGUUUGGGUUGGAAGUAACCUUAGAGAUCAUUGCAUUUCAACCCUUCUGCCAUGAGAAGGGACACCCAGGAAACCUCUUGCUUUGAAGUCUUUGCUUUGAGUCUUUCCUAUUCUACAGGUCUGAAUUGGAAUUGCUUUCUCUGUCUCAGAAAUGAGCUUCUAUACCCUGUGGAAUAAUCAAAUUGAGUCACCAAGGCUGAGAGCUUUUCCCAGUGGAUUUCCAUGGUUUGUUUACUUAGAAACAGCAUGCAGGUGGAUAAGAGAUCUCAGCACAGCAGUGCAGAACAAUUCUUGGGCAAAUCCUCUCCAUUUCCAUCAGGUCCUGACACACAGGAAGACCCUGUGGAGGCUUCACACUGAGUUUUGAUCCACAGGCUUGUGUGCAGGUGUUUGGGAUAGCCCCUGGAAGGCUUUCCCCAAAAUGCACACUCAGUUUGGGAUAGUGGGCUGUCAUGCGAGUUGGAGAAGGAUGGUCUUUAAGGAUCGUUCCAACCCAAACCAUUCUAGAAUUCCGUGGAAAACAGGAAGCUCAGCUAGGGAGUGGCCCCGGCCACCCUGGAGACAAGGAAGGUGCUUGAAAGUAGAAAAAGUGCAUUGAAGAAUCAUGAUCCUUCUGCACUUGUCUUGGGAGGGACUCCCUGGCUGAGUUCGUUCUUUCGCAAGAUGUGCCGAGAAAAGUUUCUACAUUCCAUUGGACAGGAAAAUCAGAGUGAGGAAGUAAAAAACCGUCUUAGAUGUCAAAGUCUACCUCUUCUGUUAAUUAUUAACAAGUCUGUUAAUAAAUGCUUGCGGGAUGUUUGCUCUGAUGUGUUUCUUGUGCCCCUAAAGCCUGACUCAGCACCAACGGCUUUCACUUUCCCUUACCUUCCCAGAAGCAGUGGUACCUCGAUUUCCCCUGGAUUUAAGGCAGUGGGAAAAGGAGGGACAACUCCCUCCUGGGUAGGAGAUACCUGCUGCCCAGGUCUCUUCCAGAAGGAAUGAGGAGAUCUUGGCAGUGUCAACAUCAGCUCAACCAUUGCAGGCACGUGCCUUAG